AUUUUUGCUGUGUUAUAUGGUAGUAAUUUUAAUAUUAGCUGCAUUUUCGUGCUUUGUUCAUAAAAGCAAAAAGUUGGACCUCUGAAAGUUGGAAUCAACUCCCCAGAGGAGUCCUUAAGAUUAUGUGCUUCCUUGGGCUUAAGAGCUCCGGCAGUCAAUAUUUCAUACUGUGCUCAUAAAAACUAACAGUGAUAUAAACAUGGGUUCUGAAUCAAAUGGUGACAGAGAUGAUGGUUCUCAACAGAGCGACUUUGAUGAUUGGCGAGGCAAUGCCAGGGAAGAACUUAAUAAGUACCUGCCGCUAUACAAAGCAGCUCUUGAAGGUAAUUGGGAAAUGGCUAAAGAUUUCUUUGAUAAUGUUGAUGAGAAAGCUGUUGCAGCGAGGAUCACUUUCUCCUCGGAGACAGCAUUACAUGUAGCUGCAGGUGCAGGACACUUGAUGUUUAUGAAGAAUCUUAUGAAACUCCUGAAACCAAAGCAGCUUGAAAUAAAGAACAAAGAGGGUGAAACAGCACUUCAAAAUGCUGUGAUUGCUGGAAACUUCGAAGCUGUAAAAGCAAUGGUGGAGAAGAACCCAAAAUUGACCCUGAUACCUGAUAAUUAUGGAUGGAUUCCUUUGGUAAAUGCAUCAAAGUACGCAUCAGUGAAGGAAGAAAAAAAGGAGAUGAUCGAUUAUCUUUAUUCAGUUACUAGAGAAAAUGAUGUGGACAACCGGCCGAGUGCCUUCUCCGGAAAUUUGGGUGCUCAAGUAAUAUGCAGUAUAAUUGGAACUGGAUUCUAUGAUAUUGCCCAUGAUAUGGUCCAAAGGUAUCCAGAUCUGGCUACAGUAACAGACAACAAUGGUGUCAGUGCAUUAGAAAUGAUGGCAGGAAGUCCACAUGCAUUCCUAAGUGGAACUCAACUGGCAUUCUGGGAGCGUAGCAUCUAUCCAUACAUGGGAAAUUAUUGGGUUGGAAAACCAGCAGACAUAGAGAAAGCUGGGGAAAGUUUGAAAGCAGGAAUUCCAUCAAGAGUCCCUUUUAUCAAACAGUUGCACAAUAAAAAAUUGAUGAACGAAGAAGCUGUAGCAUUGGUUAAAUGUAUUUGUGAAAAGAUCAUCUCCUCAAUGAGUAGCUCAGAAGUCGAAGAAUUUUUCCAACGUACAAACAUCUUGGGUACUGCAACGAAAUCUGGAACAGUUGAACUUGUAACUGAGUGUUUAGAGAAUUUUCCUGAUCUAGUUUGGGUUCGAAUGGGAGAAGAGGGACACAAUGUAUUUAUGAGUGCAGUUCAAGAACGGCAAGAAAAGAUAUUCAAUCUCGUGUAUAAAAUUAGCGGGUAUAGGAAGAAGCUGGAAGCCUCAAUAGACUUUAGUAACAACACUAUCUUGCAUUUGGCUGCGAAAUUAGAAUCUCGUUCCAAACUCAGUUCAGUGACUUGUAUUGCUCUGAAGGUGCAAAGAGAGAUCCAGUGGUUCAAGGAGGUGGAGAGUAUUGUGCCACCAUCACAUGGAUUACUGAGAAACCGUGAGGGAGAUACUGCUCAAGAUAUAUUUGAAGAUAAGGAGCACAAGAAAUUAUUUUUUGAUGGAAAAAGAUGGAUGACAGACACUUCUCAAGCAUUAGCCUUUGUAUCCGCACUUAUUCUUACCGUUGUUUUUGCUGCUACGUUUACGGUACCCGGUGGGACUUACAGUGACAACAAUGAUAUUAACAGAGGAAUCCCAAUUUUCUUACACAAAAACUCAUUCUUAUUGUUUGCAGUAUCUAAUGCCGUGGCACUAUUCUCUUCAACUUCAUCACUUCUUAUGUUCUUAGCUCUCUUAACUUCGCAGUAUGAGCAUGGCGAUUUUCUCCGGUCUUUACCUAAAAGAUUGAUUAUAGGUCUGGUAACCCUCUUUAUCUCCAUAAUUACGAUGAUGGUAGCUUUCUGUGCUACACUUGCUACUUACCUCGGACCUAGAUUCACGUGGAUUCCAAUUCCCUUGUCUAUGGUUGCUUCAGUUCCUGUGUGUAUGUUCUUAUGCACCCAUCUUCCAAUGUUUGUCAAAAUGGUUCGUUGCACAUAUGGUCGCGGCAUCUUCCGAAGAUGAUGAAGCAGGAAAAUGUUCGUUUUUACAUUUGCUUACAGAGUUUCAGUUCUUGUAUGCUCCAUCUUUACAAUAAGGUCAAGCAAAAUCUUUUGCGUUUUGUAAAUUUCUUUCCUUUUUUUGUUGGUUUUAUUAAGAAUUCGGGAAGGUUCUCGAUAUAAAUUCAGCUGGGGCAGUUUAAUGCACAAUGUUUGAAACGUUUCAGAUUCUGAAAUCUUAAUGCCAAGCUCCGGUAUGAACAGUUAUUGUGA